GGUGCAGACAAUGCGUUGACAGAGACGGAGGGGCCAACGAGCACCGCGUCCAGCCAGCCCACCCCCUCCGUUACCCCCCUGUCAAACAUGUGCACCACUCCUAGUAACGUAGCCACAGGAUUUGGGUAUACCUGGUCCUUUGGCGGACCAGGUGCUGAAGCCCGGGAAAAUGCUCAGGGUGAACUCACGACAAAUAUCAAUUACGCAGUGAAUAAUAAUCAAGACCAAGGUUCCAGUCAGAAAAUACAGACCCCAACGACGCACCACGGCCAUACAGCUGGAGCUCAUAAUCAAACGCACGGCACCCUCGUCCGUGUUAAAAAGCAUCACGACGUGUUUUCAUUAACGUGCGACAAAGGAGGCUGCAACUGUGACGCGGCACACCCAACACCCGCACCGUCGCUUUUCUCAAACACAUUAGUUUUUACCACCGCCGAUAAGCAUGCCAUGAGUAAGCAUUUCAUGACUCCCCUCGGACCACUACAACUUACGGCAGAAGAGUGCAAUGAAAUUUUAAUGAAGAGAGCAGCAGCUGCUUCGAAUCAAGCCAACGCGAAUAACGUGGUAACGAGUCAAACGGACAGCACUGCUCAUUUUGGACAUGUUUUAACGCAUGUUAAUACCACGCAGAUCGAAACAAAGGUGAAGCAGCAGCAAGAUAUGGGAAGUCAAGUCCGUGUUCCGAAAGAGAGGCCAUAUUCCUGUUCAGAAUGUGGGAAGUCUUUCCUUCUUAAACAUCACCUUACGACGCACGCGAGGGUGCACACGGGGGAACGACCUCAUGUUUGCGUUCAUUGUGGCAAGAGUUUUGCUCACAAACACUGUCUUCAUACUCACCUACUCCUUCAUAGUGCAGAUCGACCGUACCAAUGUCGGGAAUGUAAAAAGUCUUUUACAUUAAAGCAUCACCUUGUAACGCACACGAGAGUACACACGAGAGAUCGGCCAUUUAUUUGUCAAGAGUGUGGAAGAUCAUUUCCUCUAAAACGUCAUCUGGUGACUCAUAGUAAAUUCCAUUCGGGGGAGAGACCGUUUGUUUGCGAAGAGUGUGGAGAAUCGUUUUCGCAAAAGGAUCACCUUACAAUGCAUUCGCGCUUCCAUGGCAGUUUACAUCCCUUCGUUUGUCAUGAUUGUGGUGCAACCUUCCAGAGAAAGUUUGAAUUAGUGAAUCACGGCCGUUUGCAUGGCAGAGUUCCACAUUCGUGUACUGUUUGCGGAAAAGAAUUUCUUCAGAAAAGAACACUAUUAGCGCACAUGCGUUUGCACACAGGAGAAACUCCGUUCGCGUGUACUGUUUGUGGGGAAGCAUUUCCUAGGAAAUCCGACCUUGUUGCCCAUUCUAAGAUCCAUAACAAUAACACGAACACGGACGAGAAAUCCCUUAUGUGCAGGGAAUGUGGAUUGGACUUCUCGAAUCGAGAAGCCCUCACUCUGCACUUAAGGCUACAUUCUGGUGAUCGAACGCUUGUUACUGACCUUUGUGGAUUAGCGGCUGCCUUCCAGCAAACUCCUGGACACUUCCUUACUCCUAAUACGUCGACGACACAUCAGAUGAAUGGUCCCAUUGGAACGCCCGGUGUCAGCCAUAUGCACGGUGCAACGCAAACAUCGCCACCAGUGGGCACAGGCCCGAAACCAAAACCACACAUUUGUCCCGAUUGCGGUCGUGGGUUCGCGCAGAAACACGGUUUGUCGCAGCAUCAACGGCGUCACACGGACGGCAGUUGCCACAUAAGAUCGCACGUGUGCGAUAAGUGCGGCAAGGCCUUCUAUCAAAAGAAUCAUUUGCUACUACAUCAGCGCCAGCACAUGGAUCCUCCGCCGAGCAUACUUCGGCAACAACAGAGGCAAGCUGCUCAGGCUGCCGCACAACAGGCACAACAGCAACAGCAAGCGCAACAACAGCAACAGGUGCAACAGCAGCAAGUGCAACAACAGGUUCAGCAACAACAAGUACAACAGCAACAGGUGCAACAACAGCAGCAGCAGCAACAGCCGCAACAGCCGCAACAACAAACGUGUACGGUUGACACAAAAACAAUACAGCUACAGGCGAUACAGCAACAAGUGCAACAAGUUCAACAACAGGUACAGCAGCAGGUACAACAGCAGGUACAGCAACAACAGCAGCAGCAACAGCAGCAACAGGCGUGCUCUGUGGACACUAAAGCAAUACAGUUAAAUGUCACUAUGUGAGACGAUAUAGAAAGUGGGGACUGGUUGGUCCCUGGAACAAUAGCACUCCCAAAUGCGCACCCUGCUGCCACCCUCUGCACGCACUUCUCUUGUACUAACAUUACACAUUAGAUAUAUUUAUUAUCUCUAGAAUCGAAUACGAAGUAAUCAAUUUUAUUACAAGAGUAUAUAUACAAAGUAUACAUAUUAUAUUCUAAAUAUGUAAGGCUUGUAACAAGAAAAUAAAAAUAACCAUAUAUUAGUGUUUUACAUAUACUUUAUAUAUCAUUUACUCUAGAUAUGUAAAAUGAAACUAAACAAAUUAGUUGCCUUAAUGAGAUGACGACUUUUACUGAAUAUAUUAACUAUCGUUUGGUGAACUCUUUUCUUCUUUUUUUUUCUUUUCAUUUACUUUUUAAUUAGUAGGACAUCACUUUAUAAGAAAACAAAUAUUAAUAAACAAACAUAAAACAAAGAUUAUGUUUCUUUAUGUACUGCUGCUUUGUUGUUAUCCUUCAUGCUGUGCUUGUAUGGUGACAAAAAAAAAAAAGGAAAAAACCGAGAGAAACGUUUGACCGUGUGAGUGAUUGGGUAAAAAUGAGUUUUAUGUAGAAUGAUUUAAGAAUGGAGGGAGAGAGAGGGUGGUGGCAGACGGGGCGCAUUUACGGAGCAUUCGAGAAAUUAUAGGUCUGCCCGUUAGAAAAGAAAUGGCGAUUUUUGGAACCAUACGUUUUAACAUUAAACAAGAUUCGUGCAAUUUGUUUGACAAUUUUUAGAGGAUUAAGAGCGCGCAGAGGAUUUACAAAAUUUCUAUUCCAUUAAAUGGAUCAAAUCGAGUGUACAUUUCAGGUGCAGGAAAGUGGAGCGUUUAGAAAUCGGACGAUUUACGAUUUUAUUUUUUAAAAGAAACGUAAAGAAAUAUCUAAUCAUAAAAGUUUAACAUGUACAAUAACGAAAUUUAUAUGUCUUGUUUUAGGUAGUAAGUAUAUAAGGAAGCAAAAACGAAGAGAACGAAAAAGAGGGAAAGAAAAGGAAUAUGUCUAAUGACGCUAAAACUUUUUAACUGUACAAAUAGAUUUUCUAGGCGGUCCACGAUUUUUUGCAUCGUAACGACUCUUUCUUUUUUUCGAAUCGUCAACACCUUUUUGGGUUUUUUUUUCUUUUAUACGAGCGUUUUGUCGUUUCGAUUUUUCUUAUUCUCUCGUUAUGAUAGUUUUCUCGAUUCUCGACGGUGACUUUUUUACUUUAUAAUACCUGUGAGAGACCGACGGAUAUAUAUAUAUAUAUAUAUAUAUAUAUAUAUAUAUACGUGUGUGCGAAAGGCGUUCACAUGUUCUUACAAAAAAUCACUCAGCAUAGCGAACUUUUGUAAUAGUUUUGUCGGAGACAUGUAAUAGCUAAUAGAAUUGCGCAAAGAAAUGAAAGAAGUAAAAUAAAGGUAGCCUUCCUAUAUAGUUUUAACAUAUAUACAGAUUUUUUUCCGAAUGGAAACUACAUAUGUACAGAGAGAGAGAGAGAGAGAGAGAGAAAGAGAGAUGCGUCGUCCCCAAUUUACACGUGACGAGAAAUCGCUCAUAGAAAAAAAAGGAGACAAAAAUGAUGUUCGAGGAUGAAAUAUUACAAGACGAGCUUCAACGUG